AGUAGGACCAUACGAAAUAUUGCAAGUGUUACCGUUACAAAUUAUGUCGUAACGUAGUGCUAUGUGAUUCAUUCAUUAGCCCACAGCUGUUUGAAUGAGUGAGCGCAUUGUGUUUUUGUGACAGUUAUGGGUCGGGAUUACUAUGCCGCCUUGGAAAUCAACAGAAAUGCAACAGAUGCUGAAAUCAAAAAAGCGUAUCGACGUCUUGCUUUGAAAAAUCAUCCCCAAACUAAUGACCAGCCAGGCGCUUACGAAAAGUUCAAUCUGCUUGCAGAGGCCUAUGAUGUUUUGAGUGAUCCUCAGAAUAAGGCCACAUAUGAUAAGUUUGGAGAAGAGGGUUUGAAAGGAGGCAUUCCAGAGGAGGCUAGAGAAAAUGGAGCUUGGACAGCGGGAUACACCUAUCCUGAAAAUCCAGAUAAAAUAUUCAGACAGUUCUUUGGGGGAGACAAUCCUUUUGCUGAUUUCCACACGAGAGAGGGGCAUGAGGUUAACAUUGCAUUUGGUGGACUGCGAGGAAGAGGAGUAAAAAAGCAAGAUCCACCCAUUGAGCGAGAUCUCCAUUUGGCCUUAGAGGACCUCUUUUAUGGAUGCACCAAAAAGAUCAAAAUUUCUCGCAGGGUUAUGAAUGAAGAUGGACACACAUCCAGCAUCAGAGACAAGAUUCUCACCAUCAAUGUCAAACCAGGAUGGAACGAAGGGACCAGAAUAACAUUCCCAAAUGAAGGAGAUCAGGGCCCUAAUAAUAUCCCAGCAGAUAUUGUGUUUAUUGUGCGUCAGAAGAGCCAUCCCCGGUUUACCCGUCAGAAUGAUGACUUGAUUUACACCGCUCAUAUAUCUCUGGAGAAGGCUCUGACAGGUUUCUCUGUGGAUGUUGAGACACUAGACAGCAGGCUUCUCAGCAUUCCAAUCAAUGAUAUUGUGCAUCCCACUUACAGUAAGGGGGUCCCAGGGGAGGGGAUGCCACUAGCCAGCUGCACGGGCACGAAAGGAAACCUCAUCAUCAAGUUUUCCCUUCACUUCCCCCAGAGGCUCUCCGCAGAGAAGAAACAGCUCAUUAAGCAAGCUUUUCGUACCUGAUCCUUCAAACCAAAAGCCCCAUUCAGAAUACACCAAAAAAAAAAAAUUAUAUAUAAGGCAUAUGCCAUUCCUCCUUCCACCCCAACCUCUAAUUCAAUACACCUUUACACUAAAAUAAACAUCCAAAAACGAA